AUGAAUGCACAAAUGACCUCAGCCCGCACAGACAGACUUCGAAACGACCACGAUAUUGAUCUGAACACUGCCGCCUUCGAGGGUAUUGGGAAACUAAGCGAGCAUCGCAACGCACUAGGACUUUCUAAUGCUGCUAGUGCUUCAAGCAAGAUGCAUGAAGGCAUACUUCCAGAAGCCGGCGUCGAGGAUCUGGCACAACAGUCGGCGCUAGAUAUGAUUGGUCAGCUCGUGGUGCAGUACACGAACAUAAGCAGCAACGAGUUGGUCGCAUAUAUGGCACUGGGCGAGACCUUGUCGAACACGGUUUGA